GCCAGGACUCCUGGGUUCUGUCCCUGGUUCUGCCACUGACUCAGUGAGCCAGCUUGGGCAAGUCCACCGCCGCCUUCUUUCCCCCAGCUACAGACCCACACGCACGGCGCACCUUGGCGUGCCAGCAAUGGGCGGGGUUCUCACCAGCGCUCUGCACAGGCAGCGCUCCCCACACCCCUCCAGGCUGGCCAGUCACCGCGCUCCCGGUUCCCUUUCCUGUGCCCUUGACGGGACGCUUCACGCAAUCCUCCGAUCCCCAGGGCUGCUCUUCGCCAAUGGGGAGCGGUGGCGGCAGCUGCGCCGGUUCUCCCUCGCCGCGCUGCAGGACUUCGGCCCGGGGCAGCGGAGCGUGGAGGAGCGGAUCCAGGAGGAGGCCCAGCGCCUGGUGGAGGAGUUCAGGAAAACCAAGGGUUCGCCCUUCGACCCCACCUUCUUCCUGAGCCGCUCGGCCUCCAGCGUCAUCUGCUCCAUUGUCUUCGGCCAGCGCUUCGAUUACGCGGACGAGAGCUUCCUCGACUUGCUGGCCAAGACUAACCAGGUCUUCAUGCGGCUGAGCUCCACCUGGGGACAGCUCUACGAAAUGUUUUCCUGGGUCAUGCGCUUCCUUCCGGGAGCCCACAAACAGAUCUUCCGAGACCUGGAGGACAUCAACAGCUUCAUCUUGGAGAGGAUCAAAGCGAACCAGGCAUCUCUGGACCGUGAUAACCCGCGGGAUUUCAUCGACUGCUUCCUCCUCCAGAUGGAAAAGGAAAUUCUGAACCCCGCCACGGAAUUCCACCUCAGGAACUUGGUCCUGACGGCGUUCAACCUGUUCUUCGUUGGCACCGAGCCCGUCAGCUCCACCCUGCGCUACGGACUCCUGGUCCUGCUGAAACACCCGGAGGUAGAAGAGAAGAUGACCCAGGAGAUCGACCGGGUGAUCGGGCGUAGCCGCGUGCCGGCGGUGGAGGACCGGAGCCGCAUGCCCUACACCGACGCCGUCAUCCAUGAGAUCCAGAGGUUCAGCGAUGUUAUUCCCAUGAACCUCCCGCACGCCCUGACCCGGGACACCCACUUCAGGGGAUACGCCAUUCCCAAGGGCACGGAGGUGUUCCCGGUGCUGAGCUCUGUGCUGCGGGACCCCAGCCGCUUCAGGGACCCCGAGAGAUUCGACCCCGGGCGCUUCCUUGACGAGCAGGGUCGCUUCAAGGCGAACGAGGCCUUCAUGCCGUUCUCCACAGGGAAGCGAAGCUGCGUGGGCGAGGAGUUGGCCAGAAUGGAGCUGUUCAUCUUCCUGACCGCCAUCCUGCAGAACUUCACCCUAAAGUCCCCCGUCCCGCCGCGAGACAUCGACCUCACGCCGCGCGGCGGCGGCUUUGCCCACGUACCUCCCUGCUACCAGCUCUGCGCGGUGCCGCGCGGCGGAGGGACCCACGCGGAGGAGGAGCCGCCCAAAGAUCGUCCGCAGGGGACAGCGGGGGCCUCGAAAGGGCCAAACCCAGCAACGUAAAGACAGACGCGCCGCUUCUUGGACUUGAGUUGCCGGCCAAAAUGCAGGGCCUGGGGGGCUGUUCCCGCGGGGAGGAGCAGUGGGAGAGAGGAAUCCGGUACUUCUUCGAUGCUCUGUUUAUUUGCAAAGUACCAAGCCCCGUCUCCCCGAACACAGCAGGAAUCAAACAACGGGGGGGGGGGGCGGGUUCUUCGCUCAGGGUUCCAGCUCUCCCCUUCCCCGGGGCCCCGCCCCUGUUCCAGCCAGGGUC